AAGGCCCGAUCAGCGCGCCAAGACCCGAAAAUCCAUUUGCUCACAGCAAAGACCGCCUUCCUUUCUGACGCCCUUCCACAGCAAGACGGUGCAAGAGCGUGGCCAUCUUUCUGCAUCUCUUCUGUUUUCAAUUUCUUAAUUCACAACUCCCUUCAGGUUCCCAUUGAAUUCAGCCAAGAAAAUAUUUCAACCUGCCUAGCUUCUCGAGUUGCGACGGCCUCGGCAUUAUCAUUCACACCCGCCCACAAGACCAACCAUGAAGGCAAGGUUAUGGAAUUCUUUAGAGCAAGCCAUACCAUGGGCGACUCGUGGCAAGUUCCAGUCAUUAUCGCGCUUUGAGUGUACCUCGAGCUUUUCAACCACAUCUUCAACACGUGCACCACCGGCCACAGCGAAGGAUGCCAUGCGCCAGAAAGAAAAUGAUCUUCUGAGGCCAAGCCAAACAACAACCUCCAACUCGGCAGUGCAGUCAGAAGGCCUUAAUGGUGUUCUUAGUAUUAUGAACUCUAGGUAUCAAAACGCAGGGCAACGAGGAGCGAGCUACAUCGAUGGUUUGCGAAAGAGACAGGAGCAGCAUUUCACUGCAUACGGCAAUCGUACUCCUCCUCACAACCUACAUAUCUACGCACAUAAGCACAAUACCUUAAUCACACUCACACGACCAAACGGCGACCCCCUUAUGUCCCUCGGGUGCGGCAACAUAGGCUUCCGCAAAUCCCAUCGGGGCGGUUACGACCCAGCAUUCCAGCUAUCCUCGCAUGUUCUCGCACAGAUUCAGGAAAAAGGCUUUCUCCACGAUAUCAGCGGCAUCACACUUGUGUUUCGUGGCUUCGGACAUGGCCGCGAAGCCUUUACCAAAGUACUGCUGGGCAAUGAAGGCCGCAAUGUUCGACCGCUUGUUACUCGGGUUACAGACGCUACUAGGCUCAAGUUCGGUGGUACAAGAAGCAGAAACGUGCGCAGACUUGGUUAAAAGGAGGGAGUCAACACUGCUUAGAAAAAGAAGUGUGAUAGCCCGCUCUUUUCCAAGCCGAAAUAGAAUGCGACAGUGGCAACUGCACGAGAAUGGGUGAUCGUAUGAAUAUGGGUUCCAACACCUCAAAUUUCUGUAUAUUAUGUUUGGAGAAUAAAGUAGUCGUGAAACUAUUUAUUGUUUGGGCGUGAAUGAUGAUGCAGGGCCAUCAACGUAGACAAAAGUUGAACCAUGUAAAAAUAAUAUGGGGGAGCUCUUCCUAGCGCGG